UCUAUCAUCAUCACAACAACUUUUCAAACUUUGAUUUCCGCGUUUGCAUGUCUUCUUUAUAUACAUCACAACACCUCCUUCGGUUCUUCAUCAUUCCUUACCAAAAUUAACAAAAACCCAACUCAGAUUUCCAUAAAACAUCACAAAAUACGAUUGAUUUUCAACUCUUUUUGAAUCUUUUUACGUAAUCAAAAACACCCAACAAUGAUUUCUGCCUAUAGAAGCCGGAGAGCAGCAAGAAACGCUAACAAGAUCAAGAAAGGCUCCAAAUUGGUGGAUGUCGAUGUCGAGGUCACCAUACCGGAGCAUUUCCGGUGUCCGAUAUCCCUGGAGUUGAUGAAAGAUCCGGUGACGUUGUCGACUGGGAUCACUUACGAUAGAGAAAGUGUAGAGAAAUGGAUAUUUGAAGAUGAGAAGCACACAUGUCCGGUCACCGGCGUAAGCUUGACGACCCUCGACCCUGUACCUAACCACACUCUCAGAAAGAUGAUACAAAACUGGUGCGUUGAGAAUAAGUUAUAUGGGUUUGAUCGGAUCCCAACUCCUCGAGCUCCGGCGAACUCGUAUCAAGUUUCCGAUAUUCUUUCCAAGAUUGUGGACAUGAGAGCGAAGGGGAAUGCAGAAGGUGUCAUGGAGUUGGUGGUGAAGAUGAAAGAUUUAGCGAAAGAGAGUGAGAGAAACAAGAGGUGCAUUGUUGCAAAUGGGUCAGCGAGAAUAUUAUCGGAGACAUUCGAGAUGUUUUCUUCCUACAAGAAUCAAGAAAACGCAUCAGUUUUGGAAGAAAUCUUGUCUGGUUUAACCUUGCUUCUUCCUUUCGAUCAAGCUACAAAAUCUUGUCUUGGUUCGAACCAAUGUUUAAGCACCAUUGUAUGGAUUUUAAAGGUUGGAACUUUAUCGGGAAGAAGGAAUGCUGUUUUGAUCCUCAAAGAGAUUCUCUCAUCCGAUCAAACAAAGCUACAUGAAUUCACAGAGAUUGAAGGAAGCAUCGAAGCUUUAGCGAAGCUUAUCAAGGAGCCAAUUUGUCCUACGACAACUAAUGCAUCAUUGCUAGCGAUUUACCAUUUAGUCACUCCAUCAACUUCUUUUGACCACAAGAAAACCCUAAUCACAACAUUCGUCAACAUGGGUAUAAUCGAUAAGCUUCUAGAAAUGCUUGUAGACUGCUCACGAGGUGUUUGUGAAAAGUCCUUGGGUGUACUCGAAGGUCUUUGCAGCAUUGAUGAAGGACUUGAGAAGGCUUAUAACAAUGCGUUGACAGUUCCGGUGUUGGUGAAGAAACUGCUUCGUGUUUCUGACAUGGCUACUGAGUUUUCUGUUUCGAUUCUUUGGAUGCUGUGUAGAUAUGAGAAGAGUAAGGGGGUGGAGGAAAGUGUCGCCAUUGAAGCACUUCAAGUGGGAGCUUUUCAGAAGCUUUUGUUGCUGUUGCAGGUUGGUUCUUCUGUGAAAACGAAGGAGAAAUCUGGUGAUUUGUUGAAGGGAAUGAAUGUGCAUAGAGGAAGAGUGGAUUGUAUUGAAUCUAUGGAUUUCAAGGACCUCAAGAGGCCAUUUUGAACUAAGGACUUAAGUUUAUUUGUAAAUUUAACAGAAAAAUAUACGUAGGAAAAUCAUUCUUUAACUUCAGAUAUAUAUUACAUCUUAUUACAUGGAUAAAUAAUUAAUUGGAUUGGGCCAUUGGCUACAUCAUAUUUUCUUUA